AGGUUCGUUCGGGCAGCACGUGCCGGCGAUCGCGCAUUUACGCGUAGGACGUGAACGCGCGCGUAUCGUUCCGUCUUUUCCCCGACGGGAAGUCGACUUUACCGAUCGAAGGUCACCAGAAAAAGCUGCGGCUCGAAAGCUUGCGUUGCCGGGAGAGAGCUUGGUUCCGCGGUCGCGGGACCUUCCCUAUUGGUGGCCCGACACGCUCGUAGGUGCACGGGUGUUGGCUAUCGAUCCCGCUGUCCCGAUUUCCUGCAUGUUCAUUGGCGCCUCGGCAGCUAACAGUGCGUCGUAUGGUACAGUGCGGGCUCCGUUCGAUUAGUGCUGUGGCCUUAUUGUUACGCUCAGGAUAUUUGUGCAAUUUUUUCCCGUACGUUCGGGGUGAUUGUUCCUCCCGUUAGCUCGAUCGGAACCGCGCACCGUGAUACCGUCUUCGCUGUACGUAUCCGUGAUCGACAAUGGAUACUCGGGGAGAGAUCGUGGCCGUGCUCCUCUGAUGAUCUCUAUCCUCCAUGGGCAGAUACUACGAUUCAACGACGGGCAACAGAACCAUUAGGAACGAUCGAGGUAGCAUAGCAUCAUGGAAUUCUACGACGUGGGAAACAGCGACCUUAGGGAGUUGUGGGAGUCUUACCUCGCCGAGCCGGCCCUUGGCCAGGACGUUUUAUUGGGGACCAAGGAAGAAGAAUGGGGCAACGUGCUCUGUGUCCGAGACAAAUCCUCGCUGGGAGUGGUGCUGAGGGACCGUUUGAUGACGGACGCGGCCCUCGGUGGUCCAAGACUGAUAAAAUCGGAACACAGUUACAGCCUCUUGGCGUCCAGCCCUCCGCCGAGUCCAGCGACCCCUGGUGCCAAUCCCCACACACCAAAUUCCGGGUCGUCCGGCGACACGGUCGCCGCGUCCCUCUCAAAUACCAGUUCCUCCAUUGACUCCAGCAAUCUGGAUCAUCAUAAAUCAUUGGACAUUCGCAGCAGAAUCGACGACAUGGAAGAGGAGUGUUUCCCGGUAAUCUCGAUGAACGCGACCUCGGGACGCGGCGAGAUGUCGUCGUCAUCGUCGCCGUCAUCGACGUUGCCGGCGUCGUCUACCUCAACCAUUAUCCUAAGGAGAACCAACAAUCUAGUACCUGAAGACGUGGAAUGCGUUGAGAUCAAAGGGGAACCGCUCAGCGCGCCCAGUAGUCCCUCGGAAUCCUGUCAGACGACGAUAGUCGACGACAAGAGCACGAUAACCAUGGUGUUCCCCCAGAGCCUUCACUUCUCCAAGAACCAUCUGUCGCAGACCAGCGACAGCGAGGAGGACGAUGAAGAAUAUUAUCAGGGUAUGGAAGUAGAAGAUUACAACGGCGAGGCUUGCACCGACAAAGAAACGAAUUCGCGCUCGUCGAGGCAGGGCCUGCCGCCGACGCCUCCCAGCAGCGCAAGCUCCGACAGCGAGGGUACUGCUUCCGCUUCCUGCUCGCCGGAACGCCGGGAUUCCCAGAGCUCGACGCACGCACAGAAUCUCAGAGGCCUGCUGACGCCCAGGCUGUACGUGACGAACACCACGCACACAACCAGACAGCCGAUCCACACGCCGUUGAUUUCCUGCCAGCCGAAGGGUUCGACGGGCGUUCUCACGCUGACCGACGAGGAGAAGAGGACGCUCAUCGCUGAAGGCUAUCCCGUGCCCACGAAGCUGCCGCUGACCAAACAGGAGGAGAAAUCGCUGAAGAAGGUGCGGAGGAAAAUUAAGAACAAGAUCUCCGCGCAGGAGUCCCGGCGAAAGAAGAAAGAGUACAUGGACGGCCUAGAGCGACGAGUCACCUUACUGUCGAACGAGAAUUCCUCGUACAGGGACCGACUGAACGCGCUGGAGGACCAGAACCGCGAGCUGCUGAAGGAGCUGCAGCGUCUGCAAGCCCUGCUGCAGCUGCAGAACUCUUAGACCCUGUCCCAGGUCCCGUCAAAGUAAUCUUGUCACGUGUAUCGAGGACUUCGAGCAUCAUGGGUCCAAAAGGCCGAUCGAUUCACUGUCACCGAGGUCCUCCAACCUUCAAGACUGGCGACCGGGUCCCUUCAGCAGUGUUCUUGAUCGAACGUCGAACUGGGACUGCGCUAAUUGGGCCGAUAACCCCGUCGACUUGGGCAGUUCAUCGGAGAGAAAAGAGGAUGGUCGAUCCUUCGUCUGGUUCAUUAGCUUCUAAGUCACUGGAGAAAAGUUGGGAGCCCGUCUCCGGGGAGCUCGUGCAAUUCCUUUACAUUCCUGUAAAGUCUUCCUUGCGUAGAGGCGGCUCGAGUAUUUCGGAUCGCUGUCCAACGACCAAUUUUUACCUAAGAUUAGCUACGGAUUCUAUGGUUCGUAUCGUCUUCCCGGUUCCGUCGUCUGGGGAACCGAUGGGGUUCGGUAUGCGUUGACCGGGAGUGCCUUCUUUCGCUGGUUCCGUACGUUUCUUCCGACCAGGGAAACGCGCCUCGCCUCCGUUUCAUCGCCGGAUUUUAACCCCGCCUUAUCACGGCGUCUAGAUCGUACGAAGCAAGUUGGAGAACAGUGCAGUUGCUGUUUAAACCGCUACCGAUUUAGGGUUAGCCGGCCGUUCGAGGCCGCUACCACCACUCCUGUGAGCGUUGACUCGGUGGGCGGAGCCUGAGGCCUUGCUCGACCAAUCGUUUUAUUCUUAUAAAAUUCUCUCGUGUAUCCAUCGAAUUUGUUACUAUUUCUGAGAACUUUUAUGCACCGCAACAUGGAGGAAAUGGAUAUUUUGAAAAUAUAGUCGUCCGUUUUGGACGAGGAAGGAAAUAUUUUUCUCCGGGUUCUCAGUCGUUAAAUAGGGAAAUGUAAAUCUACGUGAGAAUCCAAGGUAUAGAUAUUAUUAUUCGAGCGCAGAUUGAUUGAUCGACGCAACUGCACGUAACGAGUAAUAUCCCCUGUUUCUUGGUAGCGUGAGUCGACACGCGAUGUUCGAUAAACGGGAUAGGCGUAGAAAUAGAGAGAAACAGGAGACGUUCGAUUGCUUCGUUUCAAAGGUAAUGAACGAAGGUGUUGAUGGGUGAGCGUGAAAGUUUAUAUUAAUCGUCGGAGUAUUUAACGAUGUUUCCGCGCUGUUUCUCGCGAGUCGAUUAUUUAUGACCGCCGAGGAACCGUUCAAUUUCGUCCAUGAAAUCCGUGCGCUUUCUCGGGUGUUCGCGUGCAGUCUGUUGAUACGGAAGCCUGUUUGAAUCCCGUGACGUCGUACGUUCAGUGAUGUUGCGUGUUUAUUAUGAUUUUACGAGUUCACGAGUCGUUGUCUGUGCGCAUGCCCCAUCGCGGGCGAGCAUUGUGUAAUUUCCACGAACUUAAACGUUACUUUAGGGAUAAUUCACACACACCACACCCACACGAAUUUUGUACAUUGCAUUUCUGUUUUCUUUGGGAACACGAAAGUUCUUUUCCGCGUCGUCCGCGCGCUGCAGGGAGAACUACUUCCAUUUAGAUUUUAACGAUACCGUGCAAUGAUAAUCGCUACUUCGAUCUUGUUUCUUUCCCUUUUUCUUUCCCCAAGUAGGAAUAAUGUUUCUUUUAAACAAAGGAUGAGGUGCAAUUUUUUCUUUAAAAGUAAGUUGAAAGUGCAAAGUAAAUUUUAUUCGUUUGAGCCGUCAUUCGCGAGAGAAAUAACCUCAACGUUGCGUGCAGCGGCGUGGCCCACCAGCCGCCAUUUUGUCGGCCACACUUCAAAGUUUUGGGAUGAUAUUUCUCGUAAACGCAGCAUGCUAUGAAAAAAAUUCUUUCUACAAGUUUGGCUUAGUUUUUUUACGAAGAAUCAGUUUUUAAAGAUGAAUUACACUUCACCUUGUUUCGCUGUCGAAUUUAGCGAUCCACGAAUUGAUACCAGCACACCUGAAUACAAAUAUCAUCGAUCACGUUCGCGAUCUAUUUGAGUUAGAAUUGAAAAGAAGAAACAGAUUUCCAAAGGCCCAGAAUUCUCGGAAAAAGUCGAACUGAUCACUGCAUCGCAACAAACAAUAACUAUCUUUAUCUUCCAUUAUUUCUACAAACAUAACGCAUAACAAAUUGUACAGUAAAUUCUCAUAAAGCCAUGCCGUACGUCACGAUAUGCUCAAUAUUUAACGUUUAUCAUUUAAAGAAAGCCACCAAAAUUCCUAAAGAAUCUCUUUAAAAAAAAAGUUGAUCAGUUUGGCUAAAAGGUUCGAACGUUCCGUCGAUCACGCGAAAAUAAGUCGCGCGUCGUUCCAUGAUAAGAAAUAAGAUAAAAGUUCAAAGAUAUAUCGAGGCUAAAGAUUGUUUUCAAGUAACUGUAGUUGUAACGCAAGACACAAAUUGAGUAGGCGUAAAGUCGAAACGAUAUUUCGUAUCCGAGAACGACGGCGAUGACUCCGGUGAUCGAGGAACGAAUGAACGAUCGUAGACGAGACAGAAUUUCCGAAAAAAUUGGGACCAGUUCGGCCGGAUCGCGUUCCCGCGUCUCCUAUUCCGUCAUUAAUCCUCCAAACGCGCGGCUGUCGGGCCGAUCAUGUUAUUCCGGGUUCAAAUAUCCGUGCGAAGCUCUUCGUGCGACUCGGACGCACCGAGUGGUCACGUGUCUCGGGGGCUUUCCGGGCGUGGCGCGCACGCGGAAAAUUUUCCUUCUGCCUUCGGUGAUCCCUCGAUCGCGGUUGGAAACGGCAAUUGGAUUGAGCGGGCAGCUACAAUCGAGUUACCGAGUUCAUCGAGCGCUGAGGUCAAUAAAAUUCCGGAUCAAUUAAGAGAGCAUCGACAAUGCAAAUGGAUUUAAUUAAAAAUAUACCAGCAACGAAUCGAUUUAACAUUGGAGAACAUGUUGCAAACGACGAAAAUGUGAUUUUCAGAUCGAACCAAUGGAGAAAGUAAUUAUUUAUAAAUUUAUUGAUUUGGUACAUAAGAACGUCAAAGAAAAUCGAGUAGAUUAAUAUAGCGUUCGUUCCAUUUCAAACUGAGCAAAACGGUGUCUAAAAAUAGAAUAUUGUCGCAUUGAUCUGAUUAAAAAGGUGACUAUUAACAAAUUGGUAGACUUAGUAUAUUGGAGUAAUACAGAAAAUCGGAUAGAUUAAUAUGGUUUUCAUUCCAAGUGAAAACGAGAGAGUUUCCAGUGAAGAAUACAUUGUCUUUCGAUUGAAUUAAAAAGUAAUCAUUAGCGAAUUAAUUGGCGUAGCAUCGAAACGACGGAGGAAGUGUAACAGAUUAAUACGGUUUUUGUUCGAAUACGGUACGACCGUUUGUCCCAGAGAUAUUCGAUUCUCAAAGGAAUCCUGGACAACUAUACACUCUACUAGAAAUUGUGCCGCACGCGUGUUUAUAGUACAACCGAAAUAUACACGGAUUGUGUGCUAGGGAUGAAGUCAGAGUAAAAUAAACGAGUAGAAAAAAAAACGCUGACUCCGUGACUGUCGGUCGCUUGCGACUAUACAAGUAUGGGAUGCUGCUGCUUCCUCGAAUUCCAUGCUCCAGAUCUGCCUCCAUUAAAGCGGAGCUGCUGGAGCGAACGCGUUCACGCGGCCGUGCUCUUAAAGGUGACGCUAUUUUCUAUGACGUAACAGGCGUCCCACCCUGUAGCUAAACCAUACUCGUGCAACGAGACGAAUACAGUGCAAUGGUCGCACUCCGAUGAUACGAAUACGUGCAAUAUUUAUUAAUAAAAUUUCAGCUCCUCCCUUAUGACGAGUGAAGAAAUACUUUCUGAAAGUGAAUCUUCCAUGGAACUGAAACGAUCGUUAAUCGUGACAGUUGAAAAUAUCAGAAUGAAAAUUUCCUUCUCUUUGCCCCUCUUGUCGGAUAAUUUUGUUCUUCAAUCAUUCGAUGCAUAUCGUUUCUAAUUAUGAGAUCGAAAUUCUAUUCCACAAGGUGUCGUUUCUAAGAAUCGCGCGUAGAAAGGUGUCGCAUUCAACGCAAGCCGUAACGUCGUCCAAUCAAUUUCCGCCCGGAAA